AGCCUUCGCAGGAAACCCUCGUCCCUAUCUCUCGUACACAGUCCACUUACUGUCCACGACCCUAGCCCAGCAUCAAAGCUAGGGUUUUUCUCUCCAUCUUUCGCGCCAAACCCGUAAAUCUACCGUUGAUUUGAAAGCUUUUGCAGGAAAGUUGUUAUGGAGAUCAAGGAGCAUGAAAACGAAGAGUGCUUCAAUGUGCUAUUGAAGCAGGGGGCGGAAGCUAGGGUUUUUGAGUCAACAUUUUUGGGAAAGAGAUCAAUUGUCAAGGAACGGUUCUCCAAGAAGUACAGACAUCCGUUGCUGGACUCAAAGUUGACUCUGAAACGCUUAAAUGCUGAGGCUCGGUGCAUGACAAAGGCAAGGCGGCUCGGUGUUUCAACUCCCACUUUGUACGCCAUGGAUCCAGUGCUGCAUACUCUAACAUUUGAAUACAUUGAGGGGCCAGCCGUGAAGGAAGUACUCUUAGCCUUUGGUGAGCAUGGUGUUAUCGAGGAGCAGAUGGAUGAUAUCGCAAAGCAGAUAGGAGAUGCAAUUGGAAAACUACACGACGGAGGCCUGGUUCAUGGUGACUUAACAACAUCAAAUAUGUUAAUUAAAAGCAGUACCAAUCAACUGGUCCUCAUCGACUUUGGUCUGAGCUACACAUCAACCCUUCCUGAAGAUAAAGCUGUUGACUUGUAUGUACUUGAGAGAGCACUGCUCUCAAUGCAUUCUUCAUGCGGGAAUAUGAUGGAUCGAAUACUUUCUGCAUACAGGAAGUCGUCGAAACAAUGGUCUUCCACGAUGAACAAGCUAGCUCAAGUGCGACAGCGAGGCCGAAAGCGCACCAUGAUUGGUUGAGCAUUUCUCGUAGGAAGCAGCAUUUGACAAUCCAAGGACAUUCAUCUGCUAAGGCAAUGAAGCAAUGAAUAUAGAAGUAUGAUCAAUAUUUGGUGUAGCAUGUGCCAUUCAUGCAUGUUUUGAUGCUUUCUUUCAAAAAGCAUUUUAAUGAAAUGGAAUGGCUAGAGCAUUUUAAUGAAACAGAGUGGCAAUGUUCACAUGUUACAUUUAAUUUAUCAUAAAAAGAAGUAAUGUUUGCCAA